AUGAAAGAGCUUGUGAUUCCUCAGCUGUUUGUUUCUAUAUGGGUACUUAUCAAUGGUUUUGUGAGCUGCCAAAGGCCUGCUGUUGUGAAUUUAGGUGCACUUUUCACUUUUGAUUCAGUUAUUGGUAAAGCUGCAAAGCCAGCUAUUGAAGCUGCGGUGUCUGAUGUUAACAAUGAUAGCAGAAUUCUCAAUGGGACUAAACUGAAUCUGCUAAUGGAUGAUGCAAAUUCUAGUGUCUUAUUGGGGUCUGUUCGAGCUUUUCAGCUACUGGAGGAAGAAGUAGUGGCCAUAAUAGGCCCUCAGUCUUCUGUAAUAGCCCAUAUGAUUUCUGCAAUUGCAAAUGGUCUCCAAGUGCCUCUUGUUUCAUAUGCUGCCACUGAUCCAACUCUAUCUGCCCUCCAAUUCCCCUUUUUCGUAAGAACAACUCAAAGCGACUCUUAUCAGAUGGCUGCCAUGGCUGAUUUAGUUGGCUUUUUCAGGUGGAAAGAGGUCAUCGCUAUCACGGUUGAUGAUGAAUAUGGGAGGAAUGGGAUAGCAGCUCUGGGAGAAGAGCUGAACAAGAAAAUGGCAAAAAUUUCAUUCAAGUUGUUUUUGUCUAACCAAUUAGAUGAAAGCGAGGUCAUGGAUAAACUCAACAAAUCUAAAUUGCUUUGCUCUCGUGUUUAUGUUGUUCAUGUUAAUCCAGACCCCAGAUUGGGAAUCUUUACCAUUGCCCAAAAACUUCAGAUGAUGACCGAUGAUUACACAUGGCUGGCAACAGAUUGGCUUUCUGCUACCUUAGACUCGUUCCCUCCAACAAAGAAAACUUCACUUGGUGUCCUCCAAGGGGUAGUUGGGCUUCGUCAGCUUACUCCAGAAUCCAGCCAGAAGAGAGGUUUCAUGACUAGGUGGAAGGGAAUGCAGCGAAAAGGAUCAGCAAGUUCUGAAUUGAAUACAUAUGGACUUCAAGCUUAUGAUACAGUUUGGAUAGUUGCUUAUGCUAUUGAUAAGUUCCUUGAUGAAGGCAAAAAUAUCAUGUUUUCUUCCAGUAGGAAGGUACUUGAUAUGAAAACAUCUGGAUUACCGAUUGAGAAGCUCAAAGUCUUCACUGGUGGAAAUGAUCUACUUAACAUUAUAUUGCAGACGAAUUUCACUGGUCUAAGUGGUCAAGUUCAAUUUAAUCAAGAUCGAAAUGUUUUCAGUGGUGGCUAUGAUGUCAUUAACAUCGACCAGGUGUCUAUUCGUACGGUUGGUUAUUGGUCUAAUGUUUCAGGUUUCUCACUUUCACCCUUAGAUGCUCGGAAAGGGGAACAAAAUAGCUAUUCUGUCAUAGACCAGAGGCUUCAAAAUAUUACCUGGAUCGGUGGAAAGACUGAAAGGCCACGUGGUUGGGUAGUUGCUGUGGACGAAAGGCCAUUGCGAAUUGGAGUGCCUAACAGAGCCAGUUUUGUUGAGUUUGUUACUGAAGUAAAUGGUAGCCAUAAAAUUGAAGGAUAUUGCAUCGAUGUGUUCCUCAAGGCACGGGAACUAGUCCCAUAUGAUGUACCUUACAUGUUCAAGCCAUUUGGAGAUGGUCGGUCCAAUCCCAGCUAUGAUGAUCUUGUAAAUAUGGUGGCAGCAGAUGUGUUUAAUGCAGCUGUUGGGGACAUUGCUAUCGUGACAAACAGAACCAAGAUAGUGGAUUUCUCCCAGCCUUAUGCUUCUACUGGUCUUGUCAUUGUGGCUCCAAUCCGCAAUUCAAAAUCAACUGCUUGGGUAUUUCUUAAACCAUUUACAGUGGAGAUGUGGGGUCCUCCUAAGAGACAGCUUGUGACGAUGUUCGUUUUAGUUUGGUGGGGAGUCAAUGGGGUAGAAUGCAUAUUUGCACAUGAACCUUUUUGUAUUGUAUUAAUGUUGAAGGAAGUAAAGGAAGCCAUUCAUGUACAUAUGUUGCCCAUUCAAUCAAUUCAGGUUGUGGUACUGAAAAAUGGCAAUUCUUGGAUCCCUGGUAGUUCCAAUUUUAAGUUUUUGAGUUAUCAUGGAAUUGCAGAAGAAACUACCAUAAGUCCACUUGGACGGCUGGUGAUGGUGAUAUGGUUUUUCCUUUUGAUGGUUGGAACAGCAAGCUAUACAGCAAGCUUGACUUCAAUUCUUACAGUUCAGCAGCUUUCCUCACCAAUCACCGGAAUCGAUAGCUUGAUUGCAAGCCAUUGGCCCAUUGGGUAUCAAACAGGCUCAUUUGCUUAUGACUAUUUAUCAAACGAUCUUUACGUACCUCGUUCUAGACUUGUUUCUUUAGGCUCCCCAGAAGAGUUUGAAAGUGCAUUGCGGCGAGGGCCAAGUGAUGGAGGGGUGGCAGCUAUUGUGGAUGAGCUUACAUAUGUAGAGUUAUUUCUUUCAAAGCAGGAGGAUUUUGGGAUCAUUGGGCAACCAUUUACCAGGGGUGGAUGGGGAUUUGUAAGUACCUUUCUCUACAAGCAAAUGGAUGCAUCCAUAUAUACAUUCAUACAUAAGCAUCAUGCCUAA